AUGUCUCUACUCUUAACAGGCGGCACAGUUCUCAUCCACGAUGAUCAAGACAAGAUAUCACCUAUCCGCGCUGAUGUGCUCAUCAGUAGCGGUAGGAUCGUCAAAAUUGCGCCCGAAAUUUCGACUCCCAACGGCGGUGAAGUGAUUGACUGUACUGACAAGAUCAUCUCACCUGGUUUUGUCGAUACGCAUCAUCAUGUUUGGCAGACGGCAUUGAAGGGUCUAUUUGGCAAUGCCCCUUUCUUCCCUUACAUGGCUACCAUGACCGCUGCUGGAAUGGUAUUCACCCCCGAGGAUGUGUUCUGGGGCAACCUCGCGGGGAGCAUGGAGGCCAUUGACGCUGGGACAACGACCACCUUGGACCAUGCUCAUUUGAACUGGUCUGAGGAUCACAGCAAGUCGGCCAUUGCGGGGAGUAUUACCUCUGGCAUCCGCUCAAUAUUCGCUUAUACCCCAGUCCUCACACUCAAAGAAACCCAGCCACACAUCAAAUUCGCAUCUGAAUUAAUGCCAAACUGGGUCAUGGAAGCACUUGAGCGACUAUCUACAUCCAAAUCACUCACAAGCUCAGACUCCCGCGUCCAGCUAGGCUUCGGCUUCGACUUCUACUUCCUACCCCAGCAAAUCGUCCAAGGCAUCUUCGCCAAAGUGAAAUCCCUAGGCGUCAAGAUCAUCACAUCCCACUUCGUCCGACAAUUUGACCACGGCGAAGGUCUCGUAUCUAAACUCAAGUCCUACGGACUUCUUGACAAGGGCAUCGUCCUUUCCCACGCUGGCGUUGCCACAGCCGAAGACGCAAAGCUGCUUCAUGAAGCGAAAGUGUAUGUUUCUGCGACGCCCAACACCGAACUAGCAAUGGCAGUUGGGCCGCCUGUACCAUUUCGCCAGGAUCUCCCUCUUAUGGAUGAGGUUUGCUCGCUGGGAAUUGACUGCCAUUCAGCUACCAGUGGCAGCUUGGUGAAUGAGAUGCGGUUCGCUUUACAGGUUGCAAGAGGGCAUGACAGUGCGGCGCACUUGAAGGAUGGACAGAUUCCAAGAAAGAUAUAUCAUGCGACGGCGGAUGUAUUCAACAUGGGUACCAUUCAGGGAGCGCGUGCUUUAUGCUUGGAGCACGAAAUUGGGAGCAUGAAGGAAGGUAAGAAGGCGGACUUGGUCGUGUUCGAUGCUCUAAGCCCUGCUAUGAUUGGCGUUGCGCAACAGGAUCCCGUGUCUGCUAUAGUGCUGCACUCUAGCAUUGGGGAUGUGAAUACUGUGAUUGUGGAUGGGCGAGUGAGGAAGAGAGCCGGAAAGUUGCUGCCUGUUAGGGCGGCAGAGUGGCGAGGUGAGGAAAUUGAUGACAAUGGCAGUGAUAUUACUUGGGCGGAUGUCUGUAAACAGGUUCUUGGGACUCAAAAGAGGUUUUUGGACAAGAUGGACGAGUUGAAUAUUGAGGGUAUAGAGGCUAGUCUGCGGCAGAUGUAUGUUGCGAGGUGGUCCUCGGAAGCGUAUACCAAGCACUAA